UUGUGUGUUACACUUCAAAAAAGCGCAUAUUGUAUAGACUUCAAGAUGAGACUAUCUAGUUACACACCAGAUGAUACUAAAUGGGGGCACUUUUUCGCAUCAUCCGUGAACCGCAGUUUACCUAUGAACUCUAAAAAAUCUCAAAAGAACAUUUCAUUAAACGAUAGCCGAUAUUCAAUAAGAAACAACCAAGAAGGUGGGUCAACUAUUAAUUUAGUGAGCCCAUCACAAGCUGUAGUGCAGAGAGCAAGUGCGGAAUUGAAGAGAGGGAAAAGGUCGAAUACAUUUAAAAGAUCUCUGCAACCUCCAGGUAGACCAAAUCGAUUAAUUGACAGCAAACGACGUAGACCUAUUAAAAGAGCUCCGCAAAAGAGGAAAUCUGUGAUAAAAAGAAAA